AUGUUCCAGAUAUCGCCUGGCACACGUACGGCGAAUCGAACUCCGGGCGCAACCGUGGGAGGACAACAGCCACCACUGCCGCAGCAGCAACACCAACAGUAUCAGCAGGAGCUGCAAGCCCCGCAGCGUCCGACGCCGAACCCACAGCUGCCAGGGCAGCACCACUACCAGCAGCCAGCAUACCAGCCGCCGGCGCGCCAGCCCUCCUACCCGGGGCUGCCCCUUCCGGAUGGGUGCCGGGGACAACGGCCCCACAGUAUUUACGGUCCAUCGCAGCAUGGGCAUGUGCCACCUCAGCCGUACGCCGGGGCCGCCUCGCCUCACCAUGUGGUCGUGGAGCCCCAUGCGGCCCUCGCCAAUGCGGGCCAAGGCCUACCUGUCCGCCUGGAGAACCACAAGCACCGCGGCAGCAGCUCCUCUGCAAUCAUACAGAUGAUAGGGGGCUCACCCAAAGCUGUCGGAAUGCCGAUCUUCCAGGGACCGCCGCUCACAUCACCAACGGACCUGAUCCACCGCCAGGACCCGUUCCUGUUCUGCAAUCGCCUCUAUGUUGCCUUCAGGAUGGCGGGCAUGGGCGUCAUGAAGCUGGAGGAGGACGUGCCUACCGCCGCCGGUGCUUGGAACGUGAUGAAGCCUUGGCCGAACGACCGCACCACCUUCCGCCUAGGCAUCUUGUACGGCAUGCUGCCCGCCACCAUGGCCGUGACGGCCGCCAUCACCCAUGGACAUGACGUUCAGGUCCACAACCUCAACGGUGGCAUGGCCUCGGUCAAAGUCGAGCACUUCACCGUCAUGGACCCCCUUCGGCUGCCGGUGUCCGAAGUUGCCCGCCAGGGGCUUUCCGGGCGCCACGCGAGGCAGACCCUUGACCGCAUCCGCCUCAAGGAUGGCGAGUCGUGGGAGACCGGUCUGAGCCGCCUCGUCGAGCUCGCCCGUGCGGCGGCGGUGCUGCCCGACCGGCCGUACCUCGCCGAGGAGGACUACUUCUGGAUGGUACUCACCGUCGAGGACCUCCACCACCUGCUUGACCACGCCGUCGCUUUGUGCUUCCCGCAAGUCGACCAGGUGCCUUUUCUCGCCCACUUCGUCGGUGUCAUGGGAAACAACCGGGCGGUGCUCGAGCUGUACUCCACCGACACGCACGCGCUGGGUUCGCCGCACAUGCGGCGGCGCGGGCAGAUCUGCCACCAUCGCUACGGUAGCUUCGUCACCACCCUGGGCGAGAACUCCCAAUUCUACGCGCCCCGACCGACGGACAUGGCCGCCCUGCAGACGAAGUCGCUGCGACUACCGACGCCUGCGAAUGACCACAUGUCUUCGUCGCCCGAUUCUGGCGAGGACGAUCCCAGCUUGGCGGCCUUCAAGGGUGCACAGGCCGCGCAGCGCGGGGAGACAGAUCGCGCCAAUGGACGGGGCUCGGGGCGUUGCGACCGCGACCAGAGAGUUGGCUGCUAUGCAUCGGCGCCACUCGGGAGUGAACCCCGCAAGCGUGACCGCAACCCCCGCCCCACCGCGGCGUCGGACGCCCCAUCGAGAAACUCCAGGCGACCCCGCCGCGCCACCGAACAGCUGCCACCUUCCGCGACGCGGGGGCAACCCACGCAAGCACCCCAGCUUUCGCCGGACGCGCCCUCCCCUAAUGUCGACCCCAAGAACAUCCAGGCCUACAUUCGCGCGCACAGAAUAUGCUUCAACCACGCUCGCGGACGGCAAUGUCGGCGCAUGGUCGAGGUUCACCACUGCCCCUACCUGCACACCGAGACGCCUAUCCUCUUCAAGGCCUACCCACGCGGCCCCCCGCCGCCGCCGGCCCUUGCGACUCUUGGGGACUUCGACGAGAACCUCCUCUACGCCGCGGAAGCACUCUCGGCGUGCGGCGCCGGAGGGGGCAACUUCUGCAGCGACAACUUCAUCCGGGCCGUCGAACGUACAGAGAACAAUGGCAAACGCAUCGUUUCUACGAGGGGGCGAUGGCUGCUUCGUGCACCAAACCCUUCCGACAGUGGGGUUGCGCCAAUGUCGGUCGUCGACACGGCGGUUCUGCCGUUGGCCUUCCCACCAGUGGACCGUGUUUUCCGAGCACGACUGCGUGUAGUGGAAGGACUUGCGUUCGGGCUGAUCCUGGGCGCCGCCUUCAUGCGACACUACGACAGGGUCAUCGACUUUGCCGGCACGGGCUCCUUCAAGCCGGCACCGGACGCUGGCAGCGUGCCCCUACUACCACCGAAACUCCCACCGAAUCCUCGGCCGUGGAGGACCGUACCCACGCCCUCCAACCCGAUGAAGGGGACAACUGGUGCCGUGUACCAGGUUGGCAGGUCGCUGGGCUCGGCGCAAGGACCGGAUGGAGGCGAGAGGAGAGGACGAGCGAACUACAACACCCCCGCAGCUAAUGGCCACAGAGGCGCUGGACUUGGGCUCGACUGCACGGGAGGAUGGCGGCUCCUACGCUGGCCGAUGACACUAGCGGAGCAGCAGACCGUACCCGGAAGGGUCAGCGUCGAAGUGGAUGCCCUGUUGCCGGGGCUCCAGCCCCAUGCAGCCCAGCUACUGGUCGUCUUUCCCCUCCGGGUGUUCGACCCCCAGAGCGAACCGGGUAUCAGCGUGGCCCGAGGCAUCCACGAGGCGAACACGGGACAACUCGGCCCCCAGUCACGGUCCCGGCUCCUCGGCAUCAUCGGCAAGGCCCAUGAGCUAGAGUUGUUCCCGGCCAACCCCAAGAUUAUGGAUGCCCUGCCGGGGCGCGAGGUGCCGAUCCCGCUUGUGGACGAGAACGUCACACCGGUCGCUUGCAAGCAGCAGUACAACCCCAUUCAAGCUGAGAUUGCCAACAAGCAAGUCGACCUCUGGCUGAAAACGGGUGUUGUACGCCGUGCUUCUUCAGUUUGGUGCAGCCGUACCUCGAUCGUGAAGAAGAAGGCCGGGAGCAACCGUGUCGCGGUCGACUACCGACCACUCAACGCAGUCACGAAGAAAGACAGCGGGGGCCUCGGCACGCUGGCGACCAUGCACCACCGCAUCGAAGACAGCAAGUUCUUCACCCUCCUAGAUUUGCCCUCGGCGUAUCAUCGGCUCAGUAUCCGCGAGGCCGACCGCCACAAGACAGCCUUGAGGGAUGCGCGUGGUCGACCUUACGAGUUUGCGAGGUGCGGGUUCGGACUUACGAACAUCCCCGCGAAGGUCUUCGGCCUCGUGCGUAAGGCGGAGUACUCGGUGCACUUCCACAAAUGUGUGUUCUGUAUGGCGGAGAUGGAGAUCUUGGGCGUUAUGGUUGGCCGGGCGGGCGUACGACCAGCGCCCUCCAAGAUCAAGGCGGUGCGGGAGAUGGAGAUGCCCACCACCAUGGGAGAGGGAACGGUAUUCCUGGGGCUUGCCGGCUUCCUGCGCGGCUUUGUCACCAACUUCAGCACCCUCACAGCGCUGAUCAUAGAUUUGCUACGGGAUGCGGCGUUCAGCUCACGCCGAGCCCGCAACCGCCGCAUACCGUGGGGCACCUCGCAGACCGAGGCCUUCCGAGCAGUCUUCAGCGCCCUCAUCUCCCACCCGGUACUGGCUACAUCGGAUUGGGCACUCCCCUUCACCUUGCACACAGACGCCAGUAAGCUUGCAGCGGGGGCGGUGCUCACCCAGGCCGUCGAGGGACGCAACGCGCCUCUGGGUUCGACAUCGACCUCCAAUGGUGCAAGGGUGAGGACCACACCGCCCCGUACGCCCUAUCGAGACUCCGCUGCAAGGGACCCGGAGCCACCAAUCAACACGGCGUUUCCCAACGACACCACGAGCCCGGUGGAGAACCAAGGCUCCACAGGACCUGUGCUGGAUGGUGUACCGCUCAGGACCUUGGCGUCCCCCACCGACGAAGGAGACGGCGACCCGGCCCCGCUGGAACCGGUGGAAGACAUCCAACCCGAUCGAGAUGAUGAGCCCGUGCUCGACGGCAUUUCUCUCGCCGCGCUAGGACCCACCGAGCCCUCCGGUGCACCUGAGACGAGUCUGGUCGUCUUCUCUCUUCAGCUCACGCCGGAGGCCCCGAAGGACGGACCUGUCACAGGAGGAGUUUGUGCACUCACAACGUCCCAGACAGUCUUCGACGUUCCGCUGAGCGUGCGACCGGUCGAUGCCGCACGGACGCUCGAGGAGUUCGCCCUGCCCCCCAUGCUACGGGAAUCCAUUAGCGCACUGGACAUCCACGACAUCGUCAACCGGAACGCCGACCAGCGGGACAGCAUGGACGGCGAGUUGGCGAUCGCGCUGGCCAGCCUGUGGACAUGCCCCAACGACGGCAUCGCCACCGUUGACGCUGCGAUCGUCGACGAGCCAUGCUUUGUCGUGAUCCCUCGGGUCACGAGGGAUAUGUCCCGCCGAGCCGUGCGGCCGACACCGGCACACGCCGCCGCACCGGCACCCCUGGAGACGGCGAGCACUAGCGAACGCCGCGGCCGCGGCCGCCCCCGUGAGAAUGAGCCCACGCGCUGGCCACCAUCGGCCCCACAUGCCGUGGAGCCAGGUGCAGAGGAACCCUUGGACCAGAGCCCCAACGCUGCCGCCGCACCCACCUCAGGCCCGGCGCCGCCACCGGCGCUGCAGCCGAUACCGGACGCGGACACCGGCCCCGCACCAGCGGCCACCGCGUCACUGCCGUCGCCACCACCCCCGGCACCAACGGCGCCGCAAGAGACCCUCUUUGGCGACAACAUCCCACUGGACACACCGGAGCUACGACGAGAUCUCUCCACCAAGCUGGCGCAGAUGGAGGACACCUUACGCGACACCGCCCGACUUCCGUGCGAGAUGCUCGAAAUGGACGUCCAAGACCUCAAGGUAACUUCUGGCAAGGGCAACCGAGCUUCCAAGUUCCUCACGGCCUUUCCGCUCCCGUUCAAGGAAGUCAUUGGGGUGAGUCGCAAACUCUUGGAGCUACUUCUCAUCUUCGGCCUACCCCUCUCCAUCCGCUGCAACCCUGGUAGCGAGUUCACCGCGGAGGAAAUCCUCACCUACCAGCACGAGGCCCAGAACCGCCAUCGGGAACGUCACAACGCCCGAGUUGCACGGGAGUCACCUGGAGCUAAAACUGCCGUUGGAAACUACGUUCUGGUCAAGGAACCGGCCGCCACGCUACACCGGGACGGUCAUCACCCGGAACUCACCCACGACCACUACAUCGGCCCGUGGAAAGUCACCGAGGUCAUCCACGACCGUCUGAGCUUCGCGGUCCAGCUCAAGGGUCGCCGGAUCCGCCGACGCAAGGUUGCAGCACCUGAUUUCAAGCCCUACCAUGGGCGACCGCAAGAUCUUCGGCUGUCGUUCGAGGAUGAGUUUGCCUACGUUAUGUGGUCGGCUGACCUCGGCCUGGCCGACAUCUCCGUCGUUGCCGUGCCGCUGUACACGCUAGUGGACAGACGGGCAGUACGCGGUGCCGACAACGCUCCGACGUGGACGUGGGAGUACCAAGAUCACUACCAGGACGGUGCUCUCUCACCCUGGCCGACCGAGGAGGAGGUCGGCGACAGCUUUUCGCCGCUCCAGCUGGACGUCUUCCACGCACUGUACGAGUUAUUCUACGGCGAGAACGGUGCCCCACGACCCGCUGGACCGCCCACUCGGGGCGAACGCGAAGUGGCGUCCAGGGAACAGGCGCUGCAGCUCUUCCCCGUUGGUACCCAGGUUGGUCGUGAAUUCGCCGACAGCGACGGCCACCUCAAGGUUUUCAAGGCCACCGCCUUCGACUGCUGCGACCCUUACUGGCGCGUGGAGUACCCGGAUGGAGAUUGGGAGGAGCUUACGAAGUCAGAAAUGGAUAAGGGCAUCGGCGUCGCUGCCCGACCAUCCCUUUCUACCUGACCCUGGACGACGGACUGCCGGUAGUGAUAGAACGUGUAGGAGUGCCGCGCCGUCUUGUUUUCUCACCGGCGGAGACCCAGAAUUUACCUGGGCAGGGAAGUAUGAAUCGUGUUAAGGCACCGUGCGGCCGCCCUGUUGGCAUAGCCGUGUACCACGGUCAAUGCUGGGGGUAUUUUCUGGACGGCCAUUUGCACCGGUUCUAAAUAGUGUGAUGACGGGCACUUGUGAUGCAAGGAACAAGUGUCCGGAGUACACGUCCCUAUGAUGGGCACUGGGACAUUACCCAUAAGUGCCCGGAUGGGGGUUUUCGACAGAUGUAACCUGGAACUAACGGAAUAAUUGCUAUUGGUUCCAUUCCCCGCGCGAUGAUGAAACGGUUCCUCCGACUGACGGCUGCCCCCAGCCGUCAAUGACCUUUGUGUCCGGAAACUGAGCACGAAACUUUUGUAAACGAACCUGAUCUGAGCGCUUUUGACCGUUAUCGCAACUGUGAGUGAUAACCAUGCCUGACCUUGCAUGCCAGACCGGAUAGUGGAGUAUUGGAGGAGUUGGAACCGCGUGCAUAAUUGGAGUACCGCUGCCUGCUCGCUUGUGUUGAUCACGGUGAGAGUGGAUAACCUGGUGAUAACGUAGUUCAGCCCUUCUCUGGAACACAAGGAUACGACGCUUAAUUAAAAUUCAUCAACACGUCGAUAGGACGAAACUAAGGGAUGGUGGCGUCACAAUGCCCAUUCUGUCCGUUCGUCUCGGCCCCAAUCGGAGCGCCUGCACCAACUCUAUUUCUGUAGUUUUUGUGGCAGCGGCUGAUGCAACCGCUGAUGACACAUCCCAAUGCGGGCUUCUAGGGGUGUCGGUAAUGGAUGGAGAGUCCCCAGCACUUGGCUCGAAACAUCCGGGGAAUCUGGGCGAGAUUCAUGAUGUUUUUGUUUUGCUGCUGGCCUGUGCAAUGAGUGCUAGUAAUCUCGUAUUGUACCAUGCCAAACCUACCUUCCAACAGCUACUGUUCAAUUCGCUGCUACUGUCCAAACCCGAAGAAAAAAAUGGGUCAAAACCGAGCUACAAGCUAACAAAAACUAUUGACUAGGAGUUCUCUAUUGCACUACUUCGAUGGGGAAUGAAGAUUGGACAACCAUGAGUUCUCCAUAUCCUGCCACAAAAAUAUGUUCGCACAUGUAUAACCCCGCAUCUGUACUACUCCCCCUGCAUAUUUCCCCUCUUCCUGCCCGCCCCUGCUCCGCCCAUAUUCCGGAGAGACAACUGGCUCCGCGGCGUAUGUAUCGAAACACGUGGCCUUGAUUCAUCCGUGGUCGGAGAUCUGAUGGUUGACUAUCCUACGCACUGUGCAAAAAUUGUGCAGUACCUUUCCAUUUAUUGCCAGCACGGCACCCGUCGUCACUCGACCCAGCGGACUAUUGUGCUUUGAGUUCUAGUCCCUAGCGGACAAAGUGAUGAGUGCACCUCUGCAUCGUCGGCACUUCGCCGUAGGAGCUACUACUGCCACUCCCCACCCUCCUGCACAGUU